GUCACUCAAGUACUCUGUGGACAUGAGUGUGACGAUUGCGGUUGACAUGUGGAACGCUUUUCCGGUCAUGUACAAGCUGCCGUUAAUGGGAUUUGAGGAAGCCCACGUUAUUGCUGGAGGAUGCCAUCCAGCUUACCUGGACUGGUUCGAGCGCCAUUCGCACCCCCGUGUCCUUCCUGGCAGAGAUGUUCCACGACGACAUCCUCCCCGCAGCAACAACGAUUAUUGGAUGACACUGGUGACCACGAGGUACGAGCAUUUCAUCCAAAAAGUCAGCACGAUUACCGGCCAACAUAGACAGCACUGCGACUUUGACGGCAUUCCGGAGUUGGAGACUGAGACGGAGGAGGCCAGCACGGAUUUGGAAAGAAUCAUGGCCGCUUGGCGCAUUGCUGACUGAGUGUUGUUAGUAUAUGCUGUAUGUUUAUAUUAUUAGUACUUUUUUCUGAUUAUGGACUUGUUUUCUU